AUGUUGUCUGGUCCCAAGAGAUAUGAAAAAACAACUGAUCUUCAGCAAGGUACUUUUGGUAUUGUAUACCUUUGCAAAGACCUUCUAACAAAGAAAACUGUUGUUUGCAAGGAGUCAGACAUUGAUGAAAUUAGUGCUCAAGAAAUUGAAACGUUAAAAAGCCUUAAACAUCCAAAUAUAAUUCAAAUGCUUGAUUCAUUCAAAGAUUUUAUGUCCGAAUUUAUCAUAAUGGAGUAUGGAGGAAAAGAUUUGCUCCAAAUUUUAGAAGAUAAUCCUAAAAUGGAUAUAAAAGAAAUCAAAUACAUUACUCGUGAAGUUCUUAAAGGAGUCGAAUAUAUACAUUCAAUGGGAUAUAUCCACCGUGACCUUAAAUCUUCAAAUAUUUUGGUCUCAGAAACAAACGAGAUUAAAAUUAUCGACUUUGGAUAUUGCAGAAAGAUAAAAGGCAGGCCAUUAACACCUUGCAGAUUUACAAAUCAGUUUGCUCCACUUGAUUGUCUACUUGGAUUUAUUGAUUAUAAUGAGAAGAUGGAUAUUUGGGGUGUCGGUUGUAUAUUAGGGCAUAUGCUUGCUGGAAAACUCUUAUUUGAAGGCGAUUCUCAAAUUUCAGUUUUGAUGAAUAUUCUUCAAGUUUUGGGAACUCCUAAAGCUGAAGAUUGGCCAGAAAUGAAAUCAAUCGAGUAUUUCGAGUCAUUCCAGCUUCCUGAAUACAAGUCAACCUUAGAUACAAUUCUACCAAAGGAUGUGGAUCCACAAGCUGUUGAUCUCCUCUUGAAGAUGCUAGAACCAAGCCAAUCAAAGAGAAUUUCUGCUCAUGAAGCCCUCCAACAUCCAUUUUUGGCUGAAUAA